AUGUACGUUGAACUACCGUUUGAUGAAUUAAAAGUUCUGCCAGAAAAGAAGCGGAUUGCUUAUUUCUACGACCAGGAUGUUGGAAACUACUUCUACGGAACAGGACAUUGCAUGAAACCUCACAGAAUCAGAAUGACCCAUUCCCUCAUCAUGAACUACGAAUUGUACAAAAAAAUGGAAAUUUACCGAGCCCAACCGGCAACCAAUCUCGAAUUGACACAAUUCCACACCGACGAGUACAUUGACUUCAUCGACCGUGUCACGCCAGAUAACUUACAUUUGUUUCCACGAGAAGCCCAGAUCUUCAAUGUUGGAGAAGACUGUCCUGUAUUUGAUGGAUUGAGUGAAUUUUGCAAAAUCUCAUGUGGAGGGUCAAUGGAGGGAGCAGCCCGAUUGAAUAAUGGUAGUGCCGAUAUUGUAAUCAACUAUGCCGGCGGACUUCAUCACGCUAAAAAGUCGGAGGCUAGUGGGUUUUGCUAUACCAAUGAUAUUGUUUUGGCCAUUAUAGAAUUGCUCCGGAAACAUCCGCGGGUAUUGUACAUUGAUACAGACGUGCAUCAUGGUGAUGGGGUUGAAGAAGCGUUUUACACCAAUGAUCGAGUCAUGACUUGCUCGUUUCAUAAAUUCGGGGAGUUUUUUCCCGGGACGGGUAAUUUGACAGAUAUAGGGAUCGGUAAAGGUAAGUAUCACUCUGUGAAUGUACCUUUGCGAGACGGAAUCGAUGAUGCAUCAUACAAGUCGAUUUUUGAGCCUGUGAUACAAGCGAUUGUUGAUUGGUACCAGCCCUCGGCCAUUGUGCUACAAUGCGGUGGUGAUUCUUUGAGUGGUGAUCGAUUGGGCCCAUUCAAUUUGUCAAUGAAGGGCCAUGCAAACUGUGUCAACUUUGUUAGAUCACUUGGCUUACCAAUGAUGGUUUUAGGAGGUGGUGGAUACACUAUUCGAAAUGUUGCCCGGACCUGGGCAUUUGAAACGGGAGUAUGUAAUGGGGUCAUAUUACCCAAGGAACUACCAUACAAUGGGUUUUAUGAGUAUUAUGCACCAACAUACGAACUCGAUGUGCGCUCUUCAAAUAUGAACAACUACAACUCAAAAGAGUAUUUGGAUAAAUUGCUAACGCAAAUCAUUUCCAACUUGGAUCAUACUAAACACGCGCCAUCAGUGCAACUUCAGGAUGUUCCGCCAGACAAAGAGGAUUUGGGUGACGUGGAUGAAGAUAUGUCUGAUGCAAUUGAUACCAAGGGGGGCUCCCAAAUGCAGAGGGACAAAGAAGUCGAAAAGGACCUGGAGUUCUACAAUGAUGAGGAAAAGGAUAAAGGGGAACGGAACGUGUUUGAGCAAGACAAAAUUGACAAUAAUGAUAUUGAAAUGAUUGAUGAUUCAAGUCAUGUGGAGCAAGGUGUCACUUUGUUUGAACAUGAACAAGCAGAAAUCGAACAGUUGAACAAGGAAGGAACGGAUGACGGUCCAGUGCACCUGAGUAAACUGGAGGAUCUCUAG